AUGAACAGACCUCAAUCUCAGAGAAAUUCUAUUGGGCGCCUAUCAGUCUCACAUGUCAAGGACUCUAUGCGGCGAAAUCGUAGGCAGAUUGUGGAAGACCAGGCGAUUUUGAACGACCACUAUGCUGAUUUCUUGAAUCGACAAGGAGUUACUUAUACUGCCUUCUACGGACCUGACCGGGCCCAUAAUCGCCACAGAUUCAACGUGUUUAAGAGAAGGAUUGAGAGAAGGGCCGAAGACAUCCCUCUGGUCCGGACGAAUCUUCAAACCCAAGAGACCUUUGUAAGGGAAGAGGAUUUCGACUUCCCUAACGCACUGAGGGAGGCUUUACAAACUGGACCAAUUCUGGCAUCCAUCCUUGUAAAAACAGGACUCGAUGACUUGCAACGCAACACGUUAUUGCCAUCCAGCACAUCAUAUGUUAUGGUAGAUGGCGAACUGUCCACACAUACUUGCGUAUUGACAGGCUAUGGGACACUAGCCGACGGCCGAGAAUACUUUGAAAUUCUCAAUUCAUGGGGUUCGUGGUGUGAUGAAGGCCUCGGGUUUAUAUCAGAGGAGGAUAUCCUCGAGGCAUGGAUGUAUGACAUCCAAGAGAUAGUUUUAUGGAGAUUUCCACAGAGGUCAAAAGGCUCUGAUGUACUGGCUAGAAAGCAAGUACUUUCUUUUAUCAGUUUGCUUCACUACAUUCCUAGAUUUGCCUGA